CUUUAACCACAUUACUGGAAGCCGUAGAUGUCCCCGCGUCCCUGUCGCCAGCCAUUUGGAUUACUGCAUCCACCGCUAACACACUGAUCAAUUUGGAGCGCGAUAAGAAAUAUGUUUAUAAAUUUGACAAGGUUUUACUUAUGAUUAAACAUAAUGAGGAGAUAUACAUAGAACUAGGAACGCAAAAGAUUAAGCAAAUAAUUCAGUGGUUUAUAACAAAAUAGAUACCAGAUUAGGAAAUAUAUAAUCUAUCGGCAAUUAUAGAGUCAGUCCGAAAUGGUGACACAGCUGCAAUGUUCACAAAAUUUGAUAACAGCACUAUUUGUCUGAGGUCGUACAUGUAUACUGUUAGGUAAAGGAUUUCUACUGUAGUUUGCCAUAGUCGAUACACGCGGAUGCUCGCGUUUCUCACGUUAACGUUACUCGGUGGCGUGUUGACGGUUCCGCCAACUGAAAACGUUCUGCUGACGAGAGUGGUGAACGCUGUAAAACAUACGCUGGACUUUUUCGCGGAAGACUACAGCGCCAUAAAUGUGGAUGGACUAUUUGGACUAAGAUUGGGCCAGGGUCAGUUAAAGAGUGCGGUGCGUGAGUGUGAGCGACGCGCGUGCGACAGCCGCCUCCUGGCGCGCCUCCGGGAGCUUGAGGCGCUCCUCAACACCGCUGCGGACGCGGCUCUCCCCUACCUCAAGGAUGAGGAUCCGCAAUACUAUAACAGGUUCCACGCUACAAUAGACCAGCCGUAUGUACUUCCAUACGAGCCCCGGACGUUCUCGAAGGUGGGCGACGGGCAAGAAAACAGCCUGUCUUACGACGAGGAGCGCGGGGACGCCUGCUAUGCGCGGCUCAUGGGCACCUACGAGGAGGGCGGCAGGACGCUGGCGAAGUGUAACACGACGUCUGACUGCUGGGACUAUAUGACACGGGAGGGGACGGGCGGCUACUUCCUCACCCACCAGCUGCUAUUCUUCAUCUUCAUAGAACACAUGGAAUGUCGGGAAGCGGUGGAGGGUUCUGAUCGUAGCGGACAGGUGCGCGCCGCUCAACAGACUAUGUGCGCGCGUAUCUUCCACGAGUCCCGCCAGCUCGCAGCGCCAGGUGACGUCAACUCUUUCCGCAAGGACCUCUUUCUCGAGCAAACGGUGUUAUGCGGGCCGCUGGGAUUCGAGGACUUUUACCGGCCGGACUGGAUUCAGAUGGUGCUUGGCUGGCCGGACAAGCGACUCGGCUGUUUCCGGAGGCCUUCGUUCUCCUCCGCCCUUCAGGAUCUCCUCAAGACAACAAAACGCGCUCGAGCGCAGAUUUUCCCAGAAGAAGAUGACUACGAAACAGUGGCUGAUGGUUCUAUGAGGAAAUUACUCAGAGAAAAGCAAAUGAAAGAAGGUUGUUUGUCGCAUACCUCCGGACUUGGUUUUGGUGUCCUGUGUUCUUACCUGAGGUUCAUGGUCAGGGACUUGUAUGCUACGGUGCAAUAAAGAUUGAAAUCCAA